AUGGAAGGACUUUUUCCAUAUUCAUCAUUAACAAAUAAUAUUAAUAAUCGAUCUUGUUUUGAUUCUCAAGAAUCAUCAAAACAUCAUGUUAUAAUUAUGUUAAUUGAUGCUCUUCGUUCUGAUUAUGUAUUUAAUAGAAAUGAUUCCUUUUAUUUAAAAUCCAUUGAAAAACUUGAAGAAAAUGGAAAAGCUAUAUCAGUUAAAUUACGUUCUCAUACUCCAACAGUAACACUACCACGAUUAAAAGCAUUAUUAACAGGUACAAUUCCAUCAUUUUGGGAUUUAAUUUAUAAUUAUAAUUCAACAAAACUUGAAUUAGAUAAUAUAUUAAUUCAAUAUAAAAUAAAAUAUCCUUCAAAUAAAAUAAUUUUUUAUGGUGAUGAUACUUGGAUUAAAUUAUUUCCUGAUAAAAUUUUUUCUCGAUCACAAGGUCUUCAAUCAUUUUUUGUUACAGAUUAUGAACAAAUUGAUAUUAAUGUAACAAAUGGUCUUUAUUUAGAAUUAAAUCGAAUGAAUGAUUGGAAUUUAUUAAUAAUUCAUUAUUUAGGUCUUGAUCAUAUUGGUCAUGCAUAUGGAGCAUUUAAUUAUUUAAUUAAAGAUAAAUUAAAUCAAUAUGAUAAAAUAAUUGAAAAAAUUUAUUCAAAUAUGUAUUUAAAUGAUAUAUUAAUAAUAACAGGUGAUCAUGGUAUGGCUGAUAAAGGUGGACAUGGUGGUUCAUCAUCUGUUGAAAUAAAUGUUCCAUCUGUAUUUAUAUCAAAUAAAUUUGAAUAUUUUAAAAAACAAACUAAACAAUAUCUUCAAAUUGAUUUAACAUCAACAUUAUCUGGUUUACUUGAAAUCGGUAUACCUUCAAAUAAUCUUGGAAUAUUAAUUCAACAUGUUUUAGAAAAUUAUUAUUCAAAUAAUAAAACAAAUUUAUUAAAAUGUUUAAUUGAUGAUAAUAGAAGACAAUUAUAUUAUCUUUUAUCUGAAAAAGAUUUAUUUCGAAAUUCAAAUGAUCUUGAAUUAAUUCGUCAUAAAGCAAUGUCUUUAUCAAAUCAACAAAAUUUAAAUAUGAUUUUAUUAAGUAUUUUACUCUUUUCGUUUAGUACAAUUCUAUUAUGGUUUAAUAUUGAAAAACAAUCAUUCUAUUCAAUAAUUAUAUUUAUUAUUUUUUAUUUAAUAUUGAAAAAGCUAGUUAUUAGUUUGGGUAUUGGUUCGAUUUGUUUUUCUAUAAUUGUUAUUCUAAUCAAUAAAAGAAUAAAAAUUGAUUAUAAAAUAAAAAAUGAAGAUAAUAUUUCAAAUAAAUUCUUAAUAUAUUAUCCAUUAUUUCAUAUAAUAUCAUUAUUUUCAACUAGUUUUAUUGAAGAAGAACAUCAAACAUGGUUUUUUUUCUUAUCAACUUAUUUAUUAUUAAUAACAAUUGAAAAAAAAUCUUUUCAAAAUUUUCUUUGCUUUAUUUUAUCUCGUUUAAUACGUUCUUGGAAUCAAACUGGAAAUAAAUUCUUACAUUUAACAGAUAUUGGAGAUUAUCUUAAUGCGAGUGAAAAUCGUAGUUAUCUAUUUCUAAUUCAUAUUAUAUCAUCAAUUAUAUUUAUUUAUUUAUUAAAUAAACCAAAAAGAUAUAAUAUAUCAUAUUUAUUACCAAUUAUUUCUAUUAUUUAUCGAUGGAAUUUUAUUGGUUGGUUAUCUCCAUUAACACCAUUAUUCUAUUAUCUAUUAUUAAUAAUAUUAAUUGUUAUAAAUCGAUUACCAAUCGAAAAAUGUUUGUUUUGUUUAUUAUAUAUAUUAUGUCGUACACAUAAUUCUUUUAUAAUUAUUGUUCAUAUGAUUUUUUAUGAAUAUAUUUAUGAAAAUGAUGCUCGGAUUUUAUUUUUAUUUAGUCAAUCAGCUUUUUUUCAUCUAGGAAAUUCAAAUUCAUUUGUAACAAUAGAUAUAUCAUCUGGUUUUGUUGGUGUUCCUGGAUAUAUUCCAAUAAUUCAUGGAAUAUUUAUUUAUUUAUCAACAUAUGGUUUAUCAAUUGUUUGGUUAUUUAAAUUAAAAAAAUUCGAAAGAAUUCGUUAUUUAAUUGAAAUAACAUUGAUAAAUAGUACAUUUGCAUUAUGUAUUUUAAUACAACGUUAUCAUUUAUUUGUUUGGACUGUUUUUGCUCCGAAACUUUUCUAUUUAUGUGCUCAAACAGCUUUUAAUUUAUUUCUUUUUUUAAUGAUCAAAUAA